AUGGGAUGCUGCUGUUUGUAUACAAGUACAUAAACAUCGAAUUCUCUCGCUUAAUAGAAUUAGCAAGAAAGUAAACAUCAUUGUUUAACAUUAUUGAGAGUAUUGAAGUCAAAUAAAUCCUCUUGCUUAUAUGAAUGUGGCAAAUACUAAUAUAUUUAUUAUCUACAUCCAAUAAAUAAUUUCAAUAUCGAGACUAUGGAACUUCUACUUGAAAGAGGAUUUGUGAGAAAUGCUAAGUAUUAUCGAAAAUACAAUCACAUCUAAUCUUGUUGUGUAGGCUAUAACACAAGGGUUAACAUAUAAGAAAAUUAGCCAAAAAAAAAAUAGAAGACCAUCAUUGACACCUUCAUUAAUUCUGUUAUCAAACAAUAUCCCAAAGUUGAUUUGGAGGGUUAUGCUCAUUUAAAUUAGGAAAAUGAUUAUCCUUAAUAAAUGAACAAUUAAUAAAAUAAAAAGCAAUUGAGAAAAGUUUAAAAAUAUAUUCCUUUGGAAGAUGUUCAAGACAUAAUGAAUAAAGUCUAGUAAGAACUAAUAACAUGUAGCAGAUUGAUAAAUGAGGAGAUCGAUUUGAUUCUAGAUUUUUAGAUCAAAGAUUAAUAACAAUUAAAGAUUUUUGGGAACUCUGAGGAUCUUGGCUAUUACACAAAUCACAACCUAAUCUUGUUUGAUUAAAAUAUACAGGCCUUGAAAUCAAUUUAAAUGGUCCAAUAGUAAUUUAAUUAAAUGAUAGGUGCUAAGUUAAAUGACAAAGUUAUCCUGGAUAAGUAUAGACUAUUGUAGAAUAAGAAUGGUUAUUUUAAUAUUGUGCAUCUUAGAAGUGAAGAGGGAAUAUAAAAAAACAAUAAGAAAUAGGGCAAUAAUUCAGAACUAAAAAACAAGCAAAUGAAAUAACUUAAAUAGGAGUAAAAAGAAAUUUAGAAAUCAUAAGUUAUUAAUAUUAUCGAUGAUAAGUCAUUUACAGUGAAUGAUUUUAAGAUAGGCGAAAUGAGAGUGUCAAUAGUGUAUUAAAAAUGAUUAAAAUAGAGAUCCCUACACGAGUGAAGAAAACGCGAAGCUUUAUAUAGAUUACAUGGAAAAAGUUCAUUCUUAAGUUUCAAAUCUUCAAAGUUUUCAAAUGUAUUACUCAACGCGCAUUCUAUUGAAGGAUUAAUUCUUAUAUAAUUAAGGCGCAAAUGUAAAGUUGAACUUAGGUUAAAGGUUUAUGGAAUAUCGUAUACGGGGAAAAUUGGUUGGAUGCGGAGUAAUUAUUUUAACGAGAAAUCAAUUGCUGUCUGAAUAUUUGUUCUAUGAUCCUAUUUUAAAGCCUCAUAGCUUUGGAAUUGUGGCUGCUUUUGUGGAAAUUGAAUAUGUUAGAAAAGUCAACAAGUAUUUUCCAGAUUUCAAAUAUUCGUCUUUGAGUUACGUGAUUGCCACUUGCAAAGCGAUGAAUUACAAAUUGUAAUUUAGAGGUUUGGAAAUUCAGUGUCCUGAUUCAUAUAUUUGGUUGAAAUACAAUAAGGAAUUGAAGAAAUUGAUGUAGAGCAAUUGUUCAAGGUUGAAUAAGGAGAGAUCAAAUAAGAUGAAUUAAAACUCAGUUUUUUCGUAUGUUUAGAUAUCAGUUUAAAAUGAAUUUCAUGAUAUCAACCAAUUAGAUCCCUAGACUUAGAUUGGUGUAGUGGAAAUCUUAGAAAAGAAUAAGGAUGUGCUUGGGGAAGAUUUACUCAAGGGGUUGACGUUCUGUAUUUGA